GACUUAACAUCUUCCUCAACCCUUGACUACUGUAUUAUGAAAGAACCAAAAAAAGAAAAAAAAAUCAAAGCAAAUGAGGAACAGAUUGCUUAACUCUUUUUUCUCUUACUCAAAAUCAUUGCCUUUUCACCCUCAAAACCCCCACCUUAUUCGCCAAAUCUUCUUCUCCCAACUCACCCAAUUCGUUCCCACCUCUUCCGCUGACAAUCUCGAUCCAUAUGAGCCCUUUCCGAUGCAAAACAACCAACGGGUCGAACCCGUAUCAGCCCAAGACUUCGCCUUUUUAACCGCCGAUUCAGGGCCUUCUUCUCAACAAGAACUCGAUGCGGGUAAGUUUUCAUUCGACGCCGUUUCGAUUGCGAAUGCCAUUUUGAGUGAUAAUGGGGAGUGUGAGGACAAAACCCAGAUUUUUCUUAGGCAGUUUAGGGAAAUAAUCAAUGAAAAAUUGGUCGUUAAAGUUUUGAACUUGCUGAAAUUGAAACCCGAGUUGGCUGUUAAGUUUUUCAUUUGGGCUGGGAGGCAAUCUGGGUAUUAUCAUACCGCUGAUGUGUUUAAUUCUUUGCUUGAUUUAUUAGAGUCCGGUAACGAUGACAGUAUCCCGGAGAAAUUUUUGUUAGAAAUUAGAGAUGAUGAUGAGGAAGUUCUAAAAAGGUUGCUUAAUUUAUUGAUUGGGAAAUAUUGCAAAAAUGGGUUGUGGAAUAUGGCAUUAGAGGAAUUAGGUAGGCUUAAGGAUUUCGGUUACAAGCCGUCUAGAGCAACUUACUGUGCAUUGGUUCAAGUGUUUUUACAAGCUGAUAGAUUAGACACUGCUCAUUUGGUUUAUAGAGAGAUGUCGGACGCCGGGAUUCACAUGGACAAAUAUACCCUAAGGUGUUAUGUUUAUUCGCUUUGUAAAACGGGGCAAUGGAAGGAAGCACUUACAUUGAUUAAGAAGGAAGAAUUUAAGCCUGAUACUGUUAUUUACACAAAAAUGAUUGCCGGGUUAUGUGAAGCUUCGCUUUUUGAUGAAGCGAUGGACUUUUUGAAUAGGAUGCGUGCUGAUUCUUGUGUUCCUGAUGUAGUGACAUACAGGGUUUUGCUUUGUGGCUGUUUGAAUAAGGGACAGCUCAGUAUGUGCAAGAGAAUUCUUGAAAUGAUGAUUACUGAUGGUUGUUAUCCGACUCUUGCCAUAUUUGAUUCUCUUGUCCAAGCUUAUUGCAAAUCAGGAGAUUAUUCUUAUGCGUUUGAAUUGCUAAAGAAGAUGACAAAAUGUGGGAUCCGACCAAGCUAUGUUGUUUACAAUAAAUUUAUUGGUGGCAUUUGUGGCAAGGAGCUACCCAGCUCAGAUGCGCUAGAAUUAGCUGAGAAUGCUUACAGUGAAAUGCUUGCUGCUGGAUUUGUACUAAAUAAGUUUAAUGUCAGCCAUUUUGCCAGGUGCCUAUGUAGUGCCGGGAAAUUUGAGAAAGCCUGUAAACUUAUCCAUGAAAUGAUGCGUAAAGGCUUCAUACCUGAUACGAGUACAUACUCCAAAGUGAUUAAUCAUCUAUGUAAGGCCAAAAAUGUAGAAAAUGCUUUUCUUUUGUUUGAAGAAAUGAAAAAGAAUGGUGUCGUACCUGAUGUACAUACAUACACAAUUUUAAUUGCUAGUUUUUGUAAGGCUGGUCUGAUAGAACAGGCUCGUAAUUGGUUUGAUGAGAUGGUAAAGGGUGAUUGUGCCCCUAGUGUGGUGACUUACACUGCCCUAAUACAUGCUUAUCUUAAAGCAAGGAAGGUAUCCAAGGCAGAUGAACUCUUUGAGAUGAUGUUGUCUAAAGGUUGCAUUCCGAAUGUUGUUACAUAUUCAGCUUUGAUUGAUGGUCAUUGUAAAGCCGGACAGACUGAGAAAGCUUGCCAGAUUUAUGCUAGAAUGCACACUAAUGAGGAAAUCCUGGAUGUAGAUUUAUAUUUUAAAGCAGUUGACAGUGAUGCCAAAACUCCAAAUGUAUAUACGUAUGGAGCUUUAGUGGAUGGUUUAUGCAAGGUUCACAAGGUCAAAGAGGCCCAUGACUUAUUGGAAGCCAUGUCAGUAGAUGGUUGUGAACCGAACCAUGUUGUGUAUGGUGCUCUCAUUGAUGGAUUUUGCAAGGCAGGGAAGCUAGACAAAGCACAAGAGGUGUUUUCCAAGAUGUCUGAAGCAGGUUUUAGUCCAAAUACUUAUAUAUACAGUUCAUUAAUCAGCAGGUUGUCUAAAGAUAACCGUCUGGAUCUUGUUUUCAAAGUCUUAUCCAAAAUGCUCGAAAAUUCUUGCACCCCUAAUGUUGUUAUUUACACAGAAAUGAUUAAUGGCCUAUGUAAGGCUGGUAAAACAGAUGAGGCCUAUAAACUUAUGUUGAUGAUGGAAGAAAAGGGGUGCAGUCCUAAUGUGAGGACUUACAAUGUAAUGAUAGAUGGCUUCGGCAAAGCAGGUAGAAUUGACAAAAGUCUUGAGCUUUUUGAACAAAUGAGUCCCAAGGGUGUUGCUCCAAACUUCAUCACAUAUAGGGUUUUGAUAAACCACUGUUGUAUUGGUGGCCUGUUGGAUAAGGCUUAUGACCUUUUGGAAGAGAUGAAACAGACACACUGGCCUAGGCAUAUGGCAGGCUACUGUAAGGUCAUUGAAGGGCUCAACAAAGAGUUCAUAAUGUCUCAUGGGCUCUUAGACGAGGUUGGUAAAAGUGAAUCUCUGCCAGUUCUUCCUGCUUAUAGAGUGCUUAUGAAUAAUUUUAUAAAAGCUGGGAGACUAGAGGUGGCUUUACAGCUUCAUCAGGAGAUAGCAUCAUUUUCACAAGUUUCUGAAGCAUACUAUAGUACCUGUAAUGCCCUUAUUGAGAGCCUUUCACUGGCUCGCAAGGUUAACGAGGCUUUUGAACUGUACACUGAGAUGACAAGGAUGGGCGGAAUUCCUGAGCUAAGCACAUUUAUUCACCUUGUUAAAGGACUCAUCGCUGUGAACAAGUGGGAAGAGGCACUUCAGCUUUCAGAUAGCUUCUGUCAGAUGGAUGUUCAAUGGCUUCGAGGAAAGGAGACGCCUGAUGCGGCUUAAGCUUUUUUGAACAUUUGGUUUUCUGGUUUCAUGAUUGGUCACCGAACGGUUGUCGUAAAGGUUGACUUGCUUGGUUGAGGAUUUGUUUUGUUGCAUGCAUAAGAAUACAGAAGAUAAGGCCAACACUGGAAUGCUCAAACAAACCAUGAUAACCGUCUCUCAGAGACAUCGGUGAUCGUGUGAAAUCGUUUGGAAUUGGAAGCAAGUCAUGCCUGCAACACAUGGAUUGGCUUAGUUGCUACAUUGGUCCAAACCCUACGCCACAAAAUGACUCAGGUGAGCCGAACAAACAACUGACGACCAAUGACUUCUCGAUAGCAUGUGCACACAUUAAAAACAAUGAAGAUGAUGCAAAGGGUUUAUUGAACAAUAAAUCCAUGCCAUGAAUGUAUUCCUGUGCUUAUUUUCUUUUACCAUGUUAGUCUUAUUUUCAGACCCUAAUCACAUUGGCUAUACAAAAUGUGAAGUUUUGUAGUUGUACUUGGUUUGAUUUUCUUUUCUUUGGUAC